AUAUAUACCCUAGCUUGAUAUAUAUACCAGACCGCAUACAAUAAGUGGCUGAGUUGCUCCUAUUCCAACUUCGCCGCACUUCUCCAAAAUAGCAAUACCCUGCUAUUUUCGUUUCCUAAAAGAAACGAGAAACGGGUUAUAAAACUAUGUUAUCCUACGAUAACCCGAUCUCGGUUAACGGAAAACACUCAUCUGCGGCAAUGGCUGUGACACUUAGUACCAUGGCGCCGAACACGAAGCCGGUCAGCACUACCGCGCUACCAGUAACGUCGAACAAUACCGUUGCGAAAGCAAGUAACCAAACCCACGGCCUGUCAGCGCCCAGACACCGUCACAUUUGGCUAGUUACUGGCCCUGCCGGCUGCGGUAAGAGCACUGUUGCCAAGCACCUGUCAACGUCUCUUAACUUGCCUUACAUCGAGGGUGACGAGUUUCACCCACCAGCAAACAUCGAAAAGAUGUCCAAUGGCAUACCGUUGACGGAUGCUGACCGAUGGGAUUGGCUCACGAUUCUACGAGAAGAAUCCCUCCGACAAUUGGCGUCUGGAGCUGAAGGAGUCGUGCUCACAUGCUCGGCCCUCAAGCGCAAGUACCGGGAUGUCAUCAGAGUAGCACCUUACUACUCGCAUGAUGUUGUCCUCCAUUUCAUUUACCUUCAUGCCCCGGAAGAUGUUCUCCUUGAGCGUGUCGGUUUAAGACAAAACCAUUACAUGGGUGCCAAUAUGGUCCAUAGCCAAUUCUCCAUUUUGGAGCCGCCAACGGAAGAAGAGAAAGACGUCAUCAGUCUUGACGUAAGUGGUUCAAUGGAGGAAGUUCUAAGGGAUGCCCUAGACAACGUACUUAAGAAAAUUGACGAAACUACAACAAAUUAACAUAACAUGGUGCGAGAUAACACAGCAUGACGACAUGAAAUGGAAUGACGACUGUGACGACGAGUGGCAGAUAUAUGGCAGAUAUUGGCGUUGCUACUUUGCGUGAGUUCAGGGGUUGGUUUCGUCACUCGUUUUGGCGCAAGAAUAGAGGCAUCUGGAUAAUGG